AUGUCCUACUUCGGCGUCAACGGCAAGGUCGCGGAGAUCUGCACAGGAGUCAGCGGUUGGCGGCCACUCCGUUCGGCAUUUGCCGAGAGGAAGCUGUGGGUUUUGUGGCGAUGUGGAGGAUGGAUCGAGCUCGAUCUCCCCGUGGCGGUUGUCGUCGUCGAUGGCGGGCUUGGAUCCAAGACCGAGGGUGCUUGGGGCGUGGCCUCGGCCAAUGUGUGUUCAGCGGUGCCUUAUCUCGUUCUUAGGGACGAGUGUCUACUUCGGCUCUUUGCAAAACGUUCGUGUGAUGGAGCUCUCUCGGAUCUGAGGAAGAUGGCGUCUGGUGUUGGCUUCCCGCGAUGA